AUGGCUCAGCCACAAAUAGUACUUCUUGGAACUUGCGAUACGAAGCUCGACGAGACGCUUUUCCUGCGCGAGCAAAUCCUCAAAGCUGGUACAGCAAAAGUCAUCCUACUCGACGUAGGGUGCCACCCAGUCGAUAACAAUCUGAUUGAUAUUUCAAAUGCGAAGCUGGCAGCCUAUGGAACUGACAAAGCUGCAACAGACUUGGCUCAGCUCCCUCGAGCCGAGUAUAUCAAGUGCAUGAUUGACUCCACAACAUCGUUUGUAUCCGACCUUUUCAAGACGGGAGAGAUCCACGGUAUUGUCGCAGCAGGAGGAUCAAGUAGCACAUCCCUUGUGACAGCAGUUAUGCGCGAUGCCUUACCUGUGGGUGUCCCAAAGUUGAUGGUAUCAACCAUGGCCAGCGGAGACGUCGGACACCUUGUAGAAGAAACCGACAUUACGCUAAUGUAUAGCGUCGUUGACAUUGCUGGAAUCAACUCUAUCCUGAAUCAAAUCCUCAGAAAUGCAGCGGGGGCGAUUCUGGGUGCUGCCACGAUGUACCACCAGAGUCUAGGCGACAUCAAAGCUCAAUCGAACCAGCCUAAAACGAGGGUAGCUAUCACCAUGUUUGGUGUCACCACCCCUUGUGUAGAUGCCAUCCGGACCCAUCUCACGAGUAAGUAUGGGUAUGAAGUCUAUGUCUUCCACGCCACGGGUUCCGGCGGCAAGGCGAUGGAGAGACUGGUUCGAGAGAAACAGAUCGAUGCUGUUCUGGAUGUGACUACCACUGAAAUUGCCGAUGAGCUUGUUGGAGGUGUUUUGACCGCCGGUCCCAAUCGAUUGACAGCAGCAGCUCAAGCCGGCAUUCCGCAAAUCCUCAGUGUUGGGGCCUGCGACAUGGUCAACUUUGGUCCCAGAGAUACCGUGCCUGCCAAGUUCAGCAAUCCGGAGCACAACCGCUUGCUCUAUGAACACAACCCAGCUGUCACUUUAAUGAGGACAAGCCCUGAUGAGUGCACACAAAUCGCCAAUUUUAUCGGGGUCAAAUUGCGUGAGCAUGCCGUGCGACCAGACUUGGUGCAGGUGAUUCUACCUACUGGUGGCAUCAGCGUAAUUUCUACUCCAUCACAGCCAUUUCACGAUUCCUCAGCAGACACAGCAUUGUUUGACACGUUAGAAAGCCGUCUCAAGGGAAGUGGCAUCGCAGUGUUGCGCGAUGAGCAUGCAAUCAAUGAUUCUGAAUUUGCGACGCUGGCUGCGGAAUCCUUAGUUGCAUUGAUUCGGCAGGAGAGCGGUGCUUGA